GCACUUUGCACUGUCGUGAUCGAGUGGGUGUCCGACUACGCUGAGACCGAAGAAUCGCCAUUUUAGCGGCAAUGUCGUGCUUUUUCAACGAUUGUCUGCCAUGUGCGGAAUUGGAGCCGUCAACCAAUGGUGUUUAGGGUUUGAUCUGGGGCAUCCCCAUUUAUACUCCGUCGCUCUCGAUUUUCUAAAUUUUUCAUACGGUCGUUGGAAAGGAUCAUACCUGAGACGUAUUGAGAAAUCAUGUCUAUUGCAGUCGACAAACCUCCCCAGGAGGAGACGCCGACUUUGGGCGAUGAUAGCCGGCGAGAAGUCCACGAGAAAUCUGUAUACACGUCUGUGACACUUCCAGCCCACAAUCCAUCAGAACCCAUAAGACAAAAAUGGUAUCAGUAUUUCUCACCCGCCGACACCCCAGAGGAGCGGCGCCUUAUACUUAAACUGGAUGGACUGAUCGUCGUCUUUGUCUUUUUGGCUUAUUGGGCCAAGGUGCUUGAUUCCUCCGCGACGAGCACGGCGUACGUAAGUGGUAUGAAGGAGGACUUGAAGCUGUAUGGAAACCAGCUUAAUUACCUGAAUACAGUAUAUAUGGUUGGAUUUAUCACUAUGCAAAUCCCACUGACAUUGAUUAUGACGCGUUUCCCUGUCAAUUAUUUUCUUCCAGCAGCAGACUUGCUCUGGGGUGUGUUUACGUUGGCCCAGUACAAAGCGGGUAAUGUUACCCAACUCUACGCGUUUCGGUUCUUUGUUGGAGCACUUGGAGGAUUCUUCUUCCCUGCUGUCCAGUGGUACCUAGGCAGCUGGUACAAAAGGUCCGAAUUAAAUCGACGAGGAGCAGUUUUCUUUAUUGCCAGCUCAGUCGGCAGUAUGAGCUCUGGGUAUAUCCAGGCAGGCGCAUAUGAAAGGUUGAACAACCGAUUUGGUAUUGAAGGUUGGCGAUGGCUUUAUAUCAUAUGUUUUGCCUGUACCAUUCCCAUCGCGCUCCUGGGUCUUCUGGUUCUGCCUGGCACCCCCGAAAACUGUAGGUCUCGCAUUCUCACACCACGGGAAAUCCAAUUAGCCCAAGAGCGAAUGGCUUCAGAGCGCCGGGAACCAAGACAGCCAUUUACAAUGCCAAAAAUAAAGUCCAUCUUGACUCGAUGGCGCUUUUGGGUUUUGGUCGGUUUCGCAUUCUUCUUCUCCCAAGCCGACGGUGUAUCCUCAAAUAGUGGACUUUCGCUCUGGCUCAAAGCUGAAGGGUACUCGGUUGAGUCGAUCAACACCAUCACGACUGUAUCCCCUGCUGUCACUAUCGUAUCAUCGCUGAUUUGCGGUAUUGUCGCGGAUGCAUAUGAUGCCAAAGUUGCCCUGAUUGCGGGCACUGCAGUGUUGAAUAUAUUUGCCAGUAUUGUGCUCGCUAUCUGGAAUGUGCCUGUUGGACUCAAAUUUUUCGCAUUUUUCCUUUCUGGUACGGCGGAUGGGAUCGCGGCUACUAUUUACGCUUGGGCAAAUGAGAUUUGUGCUGGCGAUUCUGAGGAGCGUGCCGUUGUGAUCAGCGCUAUGAAUACGAUUGGAAAUACGUUCGGGGCCUGGCUCCCUCUUUUUGUUUGGAAGACAGUUGAUGCACCCAGGUAUUUUAUUGGGUAUAAUUGGACGAUUGCGCUGGAUGUAUGCAUGCUUGUCAUGCUAUUCGUAUUAAGACACUUCUGGAACAGAGACCAGAAGAAACGCCAGUAUUCCGAAUAAAUAUUUGGCAGCUACAGAUACAAUGUAGUAAAUCACACAAGCCACCCCGUUGUUAAAGUAACAGGGUAAUUGAGGGAAUAGAUAGAUAGAAAUGAUACUAGAUAUGUGCAAUUGGUGGUUAUUUUAGGGUAAAGCGUACUGAC